CAGUCGUGCGUCAAGGACGACACCGUAAUGGUGUGGUACCAAAGCGGAUACGGCCGCUUCGGUUUCACCCCUACUCACGGAGUGAGGCUUCAUGUUGACAUGUUGUCAUCUUUCGUAAAACUGGAGGAGUUAACCAGGAACAGUUUUCUCCAUAACAUUGCUUUUGAUAAGGUUGUUUUAUUCACAAUAAUACUGUUUUAAGGGCAUGUGAACUCCCAGUUUUAGUGACGUCAUUAGAUCUUAUCCCCAAAUUAUUAUUUCAGCUCAAAUUGUAGAUUAAAUGGCUCGUUGGCGUUUCAUGCUGCUACUGAUUAUUCUCUUGUUGAACGUCGUUUUGCCAUUUUCUUCAGCAUCACAGAAUGUAACUGAAGCAGAAGCUUAUGGUGCUGGGAAUAUUAGAGAUGAUCAGUUCGGCAUAACGAUUCUUAGAAUCCUUAAAACUGUUGGUGUUGCACUUGGAGUUGCAUUGGUUGUUACUUUUAUAGCACCGAUAGUUAUUUACUUCCUACUCUGCUGUAUCGGAUUUACCUGUUCUGGCGUUCGGGCAAAUUCGUAUGCUGCAGUCCGUCAAUCAGACUACGGUGAUGUGGAAGCUGGAAGUUGUUUUUCUUGUGCACAAAGUAUGGGCGCUUGUGGUAGCAUGGGAAGGAACGUCUUGAUCGGCCUAAUAUUUGGUAUUCUUGCUGGUGCUAUUGCAGGCUAUUAUGCUUGGUUUUAUUUUCUUUGAAUUGGAUAAAAUUAAAGCGUGUGCAUUUUGUGAUAUGAUGGAAUAUGUGGAUUUGUAUUGGAAUAAUAUGAACUUUGUAAUAAAUGUGACAUUUGCUCCUCCA